AUGGGAAUCCAUGGCCUGGCCAAGCUUAUUGCUGAUGUGGCUCCUAGCGCCAUCCGGGAGAAUGACAUCAAGUCUUACUUCGGCCGGAAGGUCGCUAUAGAUGCCUCCAUGAGCAUCUACCAGUUCCUGAUCGCCGUGCGCCAGGGAGCUGAAGUCCUUCAGAACGAGGAUGGCGAGACCACGAGCCACCUGAUGGGCAUGUUCUACCGGACCAUCCGCAUGGUGGAGAACGGUAUCAAGCCGGUUUACGUCUUUGACGGUAAGCCCCCGCAGCUGAAAUCGGGAGAGCUGGCGAAGCGGACUGAGCGCCGGGCUGAGGCCGAGAAACACCUGCAGGAGGCUCAGGAGGCCGGAGAGGAGAACAACAUUGAGAAGUACAGCAAGAGGCUGGUCAAGGUGACCCAGCAGCACACCGAUGAGUGCAAGAAGUUACUGACGUUGAUGGGCAUCCCCUACGUGGAGGCGCCGGGGGAGGCCGAAGCCAGCUGCGCUACCUUGGUGAAGGCUGGGAAGGUCUAUGCGGCUGCCACGGAAGAUAUGGAUUGCCUGACUUUCGGCAGUCCUGUACUGAUGCGGCAUCUUACCGCCAGCGAGACGAAGAAGCUGCCUAUCCAGGAGUUCCACCUGAACCGUAUUCUGCAGGACCUAGACCUGACCUGGGAGCAGUUUGUGGAUCUGUGUAUCCUCCUGGGCUGUGACUACUGCGAGAGCAUCCGCGGCAUCGGGCCCAAGCGUGCCGUUGAGCUCAUCAAGGAGCACAAAACCAUUGAGAAGAUCGUUCAGCAGAUAGACACCAAGAAGUACCCUCUGCCUGAGAACUGGCUGCACAAAGAGGCCCAGAAGCUCUUUCUAGAGCCUGAUGUGGUCAACCCUGAUGCUGUUGAGCUGAAGUGGACCGAGCCGAACGAAGAGCAGCUCGUCCAGUUCAUGUGCGGGGAGAAGCAGUUCAAUGAAGAGCGGAUCCGCAACGGAGUCAAGAGGCUGAGCAAAAGCCGGCAGGGCAGCACGCAGGGCCGGCUGGACGACUUCUUCAAGGUGACGGGCUCCAUCACGUCAGCCAAGCGCAAAGAGCCGGAGACCAAGGGGUCGGCAAAGAAGAAAGCCAAGACCAACAACGCCGCAGCUGCAAAGACCAAAAAGGGAAAAUAGCCAGACCGGCCAACCACCAACCCCUGGGAUGGGUUUUUAUGCUCAACCAGGAAUUUUAGGCUAAUAACAAACGGUCGUCUUUCUGUCCUGCGUGUUAGUGCUAGGAAGGAUGCUGCUAAAGUGCUUCCCAACACAGCUAGGUUAGUGAAUCAGACAAGCGUCUUCCCGUGCAGCAGUAGUAACGUACGAGGCUAGGAGAGAAGAGAGCUGAAACAACCACAGCGUGGGGGGGUUGGAGGGGUGAGGAACCAGGGAGUCGCAUUCCGCAGUUCAGUGGCAGCGUUCUUCGGUUUGAGACUUUGGAUGAGGAGGCCACAGGGACCGGAGGCGAUGCCCAGGCUGGGGAGUUAAAGGGAGGUGCUGAUCACAAACACCCUCUCUGAUUUAAGAAAUAAGUUGAACAGCUAGAGAGCGAACUGGGUACAAAUGAUAGAGAGAUUUCUGCCUGAUGCAAUCCAUCCAAAAAGCGGUAGGUGCCAGCAGCAGAGGCUGAAGGAGAAACUGGGGAGAUGUGAACGGAAGGGAAGCUGGAGUUGGGAAGGAGACUUGAAAUAAUGAGGUAAACUUCUCCCUUUAACGGGGACGGGUAUAGGUUCUUCCUUCCCUCAUUGUAGUCACUUGUCUUUGUUUUUUAAAAAAAUGUUGUAAUCCUGAUUCCAGCAAAGUUGUGGCCUGCUCUUAGUGCAUAAACCGAUGACAAGCUGAGCUGAGACUGCGGCUCUCCAAGCCGGAAUUUUGCUGCUAAGUUCUGGUUUAUGUUUAAAAAAUGUCAAUAAACCUAGAAUGGAAGCCUGUUCACUCCCUGAUGUCAUGAGGCAUCCUUCCACGUACACACAGAGACAAGUCCCAGACUAAGAAGAAAAGAGACGGUGCCUCAUUUUUUUUCUUAUUUUAUUCUCUAUUUUGCGUAGUCUUUUCCUCUUACUUGUCAAAGCAAUGUGCUGAGUUUUUGUUUUCAGAAUA